AUAGCCUACUUCACUUGCGAAGAAGAAGUGGAACCACUCCCAACGCAACCACUGCAAAACUUCUCAGUGGAUUGGCAUCAGGAUGCGGUUCUUGUUGCUAGUUGCAUGGACUCAAAUUACGCGACUGCCGUGAUGUUGCCCGCGGGUCGCGUGACAAAUUCUUGCUGCCGCACUUUCCACAUUUAACUUUUAGGCUACCCUCACCUUUGCUGCAAAAAUGCCUUCGAUUAAAAGCAUUUCACUCGUGUACGACCCUGCUGUGAAUGAAAACAACACUUUCAGCAGUGGCGACUACAUUUCUGGGCGUGUUACGGUUGAAGUUGAGAAGGAAACCGAGAUACAGUCUUUAUUAGUGCUCUUGAAAGGAAAAGCAAGAGUUUUGUGGACUCGACGAGUUGGCCAGAUUACCAUUGUGUAUUCUGACCAAGAAAAAAUAUUCAAGGCGGAACAUUUCUUCGUCCAAGACAAGAAGAGUGACGAAGGAGACUCAUCAGUCCAGCAGGGCCAACCAGAAAAUGUCGGGCCAACUGUUCUUCCUCGUGGGGUCCAUGUAUAUCCUUUCACACUUCAAAUUCCUCCAGAGGAUAUGCCUUCUUCUUACGAUGGGAACGCUGGAAAAGUGGUUUACUCCCUGAGAGCGAAGCUGGCACGGCGAAUGCAUUUAACCUCAAAGGAGAAAACAGAGAUCACUUAUGUCUCCAGGAAUCUCAUGCCCCUUCCAGAAACGGAUGAGUCGCAGUCUGGGUCUGUAGAGAAAAAAUUGAGGUUUCUGAACUCUGGAGAUAUCUCAUUCGAUGCUAGCAUUGAUGGCACACAUUACUACACUGGAGAUGUGUUGAAGAUCACAGCGGACAUCCACAACAACUCUGGUCGUGCCAUAAAGCCCAAGUUUAGUCUGUACCAGAAGCAGAGUUUCUAUGCUCUUAAGACUGAGCGCAUAGAUUAUGAAAAUAUCGUCAAGGAGGUCAGGGAGCCUAUUGAGAAAUCAUCAAAGGAAUCUAUGACUGUUUCAUUGACCAUUCCCCAAGAUCUCCCCCCCACCACCCUCAACUGCAAAAUCCUCAAAGUUGAAUAUGUUGUCAAGGUGUAUAUGGAUAUCAAGUACUCAAGAGAUCCUGAGGUUGUUUUCCCCGUGGAGAUCUUUGCACCACCACUGGACAGAGGAGGAGCAUCCGCGUCAGCAUCCGCAUCCGCAUCCGCAUCUGCAGCCGCAUCUCCAUCAGCACCACCACUGCCAGCAGCAUCAGCAUCAGCAUCAGCAUCAGGUGCCCUGGAGCCAGCAGAGCCACCACCUGCAUAUGAUUCUCUCUACCCUGCCAUGAGUGGCCUGUCUCUCACGCUCUAAACCAAAUUUUGUCAGUAUCUUUUUUCACAUUAUGUCCUUGCAAUUCUCAUAACAUUUUUAUACAUUGUUACUUGUGUCGCCUGGAAGGUCCUCCCAAAUGUUCUCUAAAAAAAAUUUCUGGAGCCAACUGUCAUUGUUUACAGGUCAUUAGUCUUAAAAUGGCAAAUGUUACAUUUCUAUGAUGUAUUAUUGGAUUUUUAAGAUGUGCAUGUGCACAUGUGUUUGUUUUAUAUAAUGUUUGAUUUGAAUGUUUGAUGAUACAGCUACAUUAUGGUAGGGUUGGAUUUAGGCUUUGUAGAAGGUAUCCACGGGCAUUAGAAAAGCAACAUGACUUACCUUGCAUUUUUUAUAUAUUCUGUAGAUAUAUAUUUUUUUAUCCUUCUGUCUGAAGGUCUCAGUAGAAUACUCUCACGGACACAUAGUGUUCUGGGUAGGGUUUCAGGCCCUUUAGGCAGUUGUUUCUGGAUUGUUACUUUGAAAAGGUUAAUGAGACUGAAGUCUGCAUUUCUAUCGGUAGGGACACAUAGACGCGCAUUUGGUCAAGCGAAGCAAACUUUGCCAUUCAUUACUAUGAGGGAGGCAAAGGCAGGCGAAAGCAAGCAAACAGGAGCGAAACGAAAUGAUUAAACCAAGUUUAAUAUUAUGCAAAUGAGGAGCGAAUUCGCCUGCGGCGGCCCAAUCAAAUCAACAACAUAACUGUUCCAUUCAAUUUGAUUCGCCGCGACGACCUGAUGACGGUUAAGCUUUCAGAACACUGAAUUUCGUGUCUCUUUCGCAUCGCUCGUUUCGCCUGCUAUGUGUCCCUAGCGUAUGUUUUACGAUGGCCUCACACUACUAUGGAGGUGAGGAAACUGAUCUCCUUUUCAGCAGUUACAUCAUCUCUGUCCUGUUCAAUUCUUGAUCUAUUUUCUCAGCAGUAAUCUUGAUCUUUAUUAUUGAUCUGUCAUGUUUAUCACUGUGCAACUACUAUAGUACUAUAGGUAUAUAAACUGUACUAUAGAUAUAUUCUCUUUAAAAUCUACUGUAUGAUCCUCUUUAUUUUGGGUUAAGUAUCCUAGAAAAUGACAGUGUUAUCUAAAGGGUCAUGACAAUUUAUCCCACCAAAGAUUAUGACAAAGCUACUCUAUAUUGCAGCCUACAGUGUUAGAUUUUAUAAGCACUUCUUCAAAAGUAAGUCCUGGAUUUUCAUGUAGACAUCUCAAGUUCCACAAGCUGAAGUAUUAUACAUGCUCUCUGUCUGGAGUUCUAUUUGUCAAGUGUACUUUAUCAAGUCAAGUGUACUUUAUUGUCGAAAAUCUAUGUAACAGGGUUAGCACAGAAGUUUGAAAUUGUGGUUGACCAGUCUCCAAUGUGCAGUUUAACUAAAACAUUUAGAUAAGACAUUGAUAAUAAUCUCUUUCAGGCACACACACACACACACACACACACACACACACACACACCUAACUUACUCAGACAUGAAUUUACAAUUCUUUCUCUGACACAUUCAUUCACAAUAUACUCGCUCACAACACACCCUCACACAUAUGCCAUUUUCACUGCACUAACAUACUGAUAUAGACAUGUACUGAUAGCCAGGCCGCACCCUCCUAGUGACGCAACACCAUCGGCGUUGCAAAUAGUCAGGUCAAGAGCAAUGCAAGUACUUUCUGAGUUCCCACAAAUGCGGGAACUCCUUUCACUUUGUCGGGAAGCAAACAACCAUAAGCAAACCAAGGGAGGCGGGUCAACUAUGCCGUUUGGGAAAUGUUAAUUAUUAUGCUCUUGGUCAGACCAAGUCUGGAAGAGAUUUGAACGUUGAUGAUAAUCAGGCUAAUGUACUGAUAGAUUGAUAUGGAAUAAAUGAUCCUGCAUAAUCUUAUUUUUUGUCUUUUUGUAACUUUUGUGCACAAAUGGGUGUAAGAAAAUGGAGUGAAGAUCACUGAAAUUUCAGCAGUAAGGGUGACGCGUCAAUGUACUAGCAUAUAGGCAACGGAAACCGUAGAAGGCCUAUAAUAUAGGCCCUAUAUGAAGGGAGACAACCUUCAAUACACACAGGGAACAAAAAGGGGAGAUGAGCUACUGUAGGCUGUCAGAUUGGGUAUGCUUCAGAUUUGGUGUGUAAGAGGGAUAGGGUUCUUUUUUUGCAAACACACACACACACACAUUUGCACAACAUACUUUCACUGAAUUAGCAGUUUUUUAUUACAUUGAUGGGACUUUCUCAACCUUCCCACCAACACAAUAAUUUCCUGCUAUCCUGGCCAUAUAAUUAGAAUAUCAUGGAAAAAGUUGAUUUAUUUCCAUAAUUCCAUCAACUUUUACCAUAACUUUUAUGGAUUGUAGAUGCAUUGUCCACACCUUGAACUAUUCCAGGCAUUAAAUUGUACAUACUAGUUUAAUUCUAACUCACCAGAAAUAAAAACAAAUUCAUUUCAAUGGGGUUUCAUUUCUGGUGAGUUAGAGUUAAACUGGUGAGUUAGCACCAAAAUGUGGCAUGGAAAUCUACAGGGUUUAUUGAAGAGUGAAUUGAGGUUCACCAGACCAAACUAAAAAAACAGCAGACAGCAAAGCUUCCAUAACUCCCAUGCAAUGCCUCUGCAUUGACUUCAAUGUUAAACACAUCAUGGCAGUGAUUAAGACAAAGACAGUCCUAACCAAGUAUUGAACAUUGACAUGUUAUGUAGAAAGUACCAAAUGUCAACUGAUUUGAUUUGAUGUGACUCGAAUUUCUUCCUUUUUUUUUUGAAGUAAAUGGUGAUUUUAUUACAAUAUUCUAAUAAUGUGAAUUCCCCAAUUCAUGUUUUCGUGAUGGAGCUGGUUCAGCUGAUUCAUGUUGGAGCUGGAAUGCCAAAUUAUGUAAAAAUAAACAAUUUAAUGAUUGGAAUAGCUCAAAAUGUGGACAAUGCAUCUACAAUCCAUACAAGUUAAACAUUAUUGAUGGAAUUAUGGAAAUAAAUCAACUUUUGAAGAUGAAGAUGCCUGAAGAAGAUCUAUGAUCGAAACGUUGCUCCAAAUAAAUUAAGUCUUUUGCUAGCAGUGUGCAGAUCCUUUCCCGCUCCUACAAAUAAAUCAACUUUUCCCAUGAUAUUCUAAUUAUAUGGCCAGGAUCUGCACAUAAAAUAGAUUGUAAAAGAAGAAGAGAAAUACAUAAAGAAAAACAAGCAAUGAUGCAUAUGUAUAUACAAAUACAGUACAUUAUCAGUCACGACAGUCUUAAAAGGCAGCCAUACCAAUGCUUCCACAGAUAUGAUUGAUAUCUGACAGAGCUGCAUCUGAGGCUUGUGAGAAUCAUUGCAAUACAGUUUUGAGACUUUCAGACUUCCAGAUGACAAACGAACUUAAACAUUAGGUUCCUCAAGUCAGCCUAUCCUGAGUCACAAAACGGUUUACUACUGUACCACCGCUACUCCUACGCUUUUUCAGCAAUAUCCUCAGACAGUCAUUAUAUGCUACUUGGAGCAGGGGCGGUUUUAGGAAAUCUGACACCCUGAGCAAAGAAGAAUUUUGAAGUUAGAAAUGACGCUGGGGCCCACCAGAUGUCACCAGGGGCCUUGUCUGAGAUGAGAAGGGCCCGUAAGCAACUAGAAAAUACAGAAUAAUGUAACACGGCGAUGAGGCCCCUGAUUGGACGAGGCCCUGGGCAUUUGGCCGACCUUGCCCAAGCAUUGCAGAGCAUUGGAAGUUGUGACAACCUGGUGAGGUCUUUGCUGUACUUUUUUUAAAAUUAAUAUUUGGGGUGGGAGGUGACGAAAUAACUUCUUUUCAGCAGUUAUAACAUCUUCUGUCCUGGUCAAUUCUUCAUCUGUGCUUUUUAUUAGUAAUCUUUAUUAUCAAUUAUUAUUUAUGUAUUAUUUACAACUGUGCAAUAUUAUAUGUAUGUAUCAUCUUUGAAAUAUAUGAUCCUCUAUAUUUUGGUUGAGUAAAAAUGAUGCAAAUCUACAGUGUUAUCUCAACUGUCACCUCAAUUUGUCCCACCAAAGAUUACGACAAAGCUUCAUUUAAGCCUACCGAGACAGAUUUUACAAGCAGUACUUCAAAACUACUGACUGACAAGGCUAUCCAUGUACGUACAGUGGACUCAAGUACCCAACCUAAAAGAAUAACAUUCUCUGUCUGGGGUUGUUUAUUUUUUACAUUCAUUUGCAAUAAAUAAACCUGAAUAAUAUUUUCUGUCUUGUUUUUUUUUAGUGCGGUAUGGUCGUAGGACUAUAGAGGGUCACUGAAAUUUCAGCAGAAAGGGCAUGGUGUUAGUGUAAAGUAGGCAAUGAUAACCUUAGAAUGCCUACGAAAGGGGACAACCCUCACUAUGCUGGGAAUAAAGGACCAUGGGGAGAUUAGUCACAUGGUGCCACAACAAUUGUAAUGUAAUGUGUGUUUUGAGAGCCUUCUGUGUAGCAACACACACCUGCUCAGAUUUCAUCAGCUCACAUGCUCAUCACAUGCCCUUCUUACUCAUCUUACACCGUCUU